UUUAUAUACUUUGCAAUAUUUUGUGUUUUUUACGUGAUAAACACGCUGCAUCAACUGCAUAUUGCACAUACAAAAUGAGGCAAGUUAAUAACUAUAAAGAAAUAUUGGAUAGUGAUGAUGAACUACCAUUUGAAUACAAUGACGUUUAUGUCACACCAGCCUUUCAAAAUGAAAGCAGAUUUGAAAACAUAAACUUUAAGUGGAUAAAAACUCCAAGAAAUACCAACAACCCACGGCCAAUUGUUACAAGAGGUGUGAUGAGUGAGCAAGAUUUGUAUUGUUUAAAAUCAAUACAAGGUUGUGUAGGGAAUUCUACCCUUGUUUGGUUUUUAAACUUUUUGUUACAUAAAGAUUUACAAUCUAAAUAUACAUUCCUUAAAAGUUGUCUUGUAAGUAGUAUUGUGUAAUUGUUUAUAUCUAUUUAGAAUAAAUUUAAGUAUGACUAUUAA